CGCAAGGAGCAGAGCGAUUUCUGACAGUCUCAGGGAAUAACCACAGCAUAGCUCUCCCCAUCCACCUCCGAGCACACGCUGCCUGGUCCCCGGGGGGAGCAGCGAGGAGGGGAUCGAGCCCUUGCUGGAUUGGAUGGAUUUAGGAGCUCUGGGACUGAACCUGCACCAAGCCUGGACAGUCAUCGGCAGGGCUGAUCGGAGCCCCGUCUGCUGAUCGCACUCUGCGGAGCGGGGGAGCUGCUCAGAGGCACAGUGACAAGAGAGGAAGCCAGUGCCAGAGAGCUCGGGCAGCCCCCUGCAGGAAGGAAGUUUCUGAGAUGAGGCUGCUUCAGGAUGACUGAGAUCAGCGUAAAACCUAGUGAGCUAGAGCUCUUUCCCUGGUGAAGCUGGAACGGUGACUUUCCCACUGGGUCCCACUGUUUGUUUAUUCCUCAGUUCUUCAUUGCCCAUUGUGGACUUUAUGCAAGGUUCAGCCAUGACUACCUCUGCCUUGCGCCGGCAGGUAAAAAACAUUGUGCACAAUUAUUCGGAGGCAGAGAUCAAGGUGCGUGAAGCGACCUCCAAUGACUCCUGGGGUCCACCCAGCUCCCUGAUGUCUGAGAUUGCAGAUCUGACCUUCAACACAGUGGCUUUCGCAGAGAUCAUGGGGAUGAUCUGGAGGCGGCUGAACGACAGUGGCAAGAAUUGGCGCCAUGUGUACAAGGCACUGACCCUGCUGGACUACCUCAUCAAAACCGGAUCGGAGAAGGUGGCCCAUCAGUGCCGGGAGAACCUUUACACCAUUCAGACUCUGAAAGACUUCCAGUACACAGACCGCGACGGCAAGGACCAAGGCAUAAAUGUGCGGGAGAAAGUCAAGCAGGUCACGGGUCUGCUGAAGGAUGAGGAGAAGCUGAAGCAGGAAAGGGCUCAUGCCCUGAAAACCAAAGAGCGCAUGUCCACUGAGGGCACAGGCAUCAGCAGCAGCCAGCAGCUCUCUUAUGGCAGGCGGACAUCGCAGUAUGGAGAAGACUAUGGCAGGCCGAGGGGGUCUCCAUCAUCCUUUAAUUCCUCUUCCUCGUCCCCUCAGCACACCUCAGACCUGGAACAGGCAAGACCCCAGACGACUGGAGAGGAGGAGCUGCAGUUACAGCUUGCACUAGCCAUGAGUCGAGAGGAGGCUGAGAAGCAGCCGCUUCCUCCAGCCACCAGCACAGAUGAAGAAUUGCAAUUGCAGAUAGCGCUCAGCCUGAGCAAAAAGGAGCAUGAGAAGGAAGUGAGGGCAUGCCAAGGAGAGAACUCACUGCUACAGAGAGCACUGGAAGAGACCCACAUGGGUAUCGAGGAGGAGGAAGAAGAGGAUAAGUUGAAGAAGAGUCAGUCCUCUAUUGCGGAGCUGGCAGACAUUUUUGGACCAGCGCCAGUAACUUCAACCCAUGUUUCAGCUGACCCAUGGGAUAUUCCAGGUCUAAAGUCCAAUGUGGAACCGGCAGGAGCCCCUUGGGUCCCCUCUGCAGACCCCUGGGCUCCAAUCCCUGCUGCUUCCGGGGAUCCUCUAAACCAGAUGGCAGCAUCGGUCAACCAGACCUCCACAGGGCCUUGGGAUCUUCCUCUCAUAGUCUCCUCCUCCUCCUCCUCUGACCCUUGGGAGAAGACCCCCCUCUCUUCAAGUCUGUCAUCAGCAGAUGCCUGGGUAAAGGCAUCCCCACCUUCUAAAGCUUCUGCUGAUGCUACAUCUGCUGCUGAUCCUUGGGGAGGUGUCGUUGACAAUCCUCCCAGGGCAGCUUCAGGUGAUGUCACUUUUGACUUGUUUGCAAAACCGCCACAGCCAACAGAGCAGCUGGAACAUGAGAGCUCACAGGCCCCAUCCUCUGUCAAGCCUAACAGCCCCGUUGAUUUGGACCUGUUUGGCGACCCGAUUCCCAGCACCAAGCAGAAUGGAGUUAAGAACACAGAUGUUUUUGAUCUUGCGGGCUUAGGCGACUCUCUUACUGACUCCAACAAAGAGAGGAAAGAUUGUAAAACUCCAGAGUCCUUUCUUGGCCCAACUGCCUCCUCCUUGGUGAAUUUGGACUCCUUGGUAGUGGCCCCCGCAACCCUGAAGACUCAUAAUCCAUUUUUGUCAGGUCUCAGUGCACCUUCUCCCACAAACCCAUUCAGCACCAGUGACCAGAUCAAACCAACACUCAAUCAGAUGAGGACCAGCUCCCCAGUGCCAGGCAUGGCCAUGGGGAUGACCAUGAACUCCAUGACCUACAGUGCUUCACUCCCUCUUCCACUCAGCAGCGUCCCAAUGACCCUCCCCGUCUCCAUGAGUGCCUUCCCGCAGGCCGGAGCAGGGCCGUUUCCACAGCUACCCAGUAACCUGCCUCAGCCUUUGUUGCCACUGACUGGCUCUGCUCUUCCCCCUGCCUCACAGGGGGUGAUGAACCCUUUCCUCUGAAGUCUCUGGAUCUGUGUUACGUGUAGUCUUUCUUGUCCCGCGCCCAGCUAUUAUGGAAAUCUUUGCAUGUUCUCAUGCAAAGGCCUUGUGGGCACAAGUUCAUUAGUUGUGAUGGAGGAAACCAUUCACCCGAAACUCCUAACCCAACACCUGCCCAGGUCACAGAGACACAGUUAGCAUGAAUCUCCUUGCUUGAAGUGCUAUAGAAGUACCUGCUCCAGCAUGGUGGGUAAAGGACGGCUAGAUCUGCCUCUGACGGCAAUAAGGACACUCUUGUCAUCAGCUGGCAUUCCCAUGAUCUGCAGAGUAGAUGGAGGGUCCCUAAGAAAGGGCUUUAAUUAUCUAGGGCCCUCCACGCUCCGGCACCGUAUGCUGUUACAUAGAGAGCCCAGUAUGAAGCAUCUUAACAGACGUUUUCGAGUCACCAUAGAUCUCUUAGAGAUCAUUGUGGGCCUGUCAGUGGGAUAGAGGAAUCCUUCUGUAAUCUGCAUGGAAGGUGCAAUCACUUGCUGAGACUUGCAGCCCCAACGCUUGCUGGAGGUCAGGAUGUUCCCAGGCACAGGAGGGGUACUCCUCAGAAUCCCUUUCCUCUGCCAAGUAUCAGAGGGGUAGCCCUGUUAGUCUGUAUCCACAAAAGCAACGAGGAGUCCGGUGGCACCUUAAAGACUAACAG